UCUUUUCUUCAAUCGCAACGGCAAACACAAUACUUAAUACAAACAAACAAACAAACCGCAUCUGCAAUCGAUCUUUUCUUUCACGCAGUGUUCCACAGCGCAUCGUUGUAGCGCGUGUUCCGUGAGUGAUUCUCGUUACCUUGACUGUCAACGUCAAAAAUGCACUGAUCGCUUAUAAGCGAACAUAAAAAUCACGACAUGAGUCUUCGAACAACAAAAAAAUUUGAAUAUCAAAUCUGCAUUCUUAGCUGAAUGCAUUCCGAAAUGGUAAACGGAAACUAUAUAUUGUACGGGGACAGACCGUCCUCGGAGUCUGAGAUCGUGGACGAUCAUGUCCACCCGAGGACGGCCGAGAAGAAAAUUAAACGCAAAACGCAUCGCACAGCCAACGAGCUGCAGAAGACUUUGAACCUAGCUCAGUUGGACAAUGACACAGACUCCGUUAAAUACGAGAAGAGAGUGAAGGAGCCUACGUUGCUGCGUUAUGUGCCUACGACCGAAGUGGAGGAGAAUUUCGUUACUGAGAAAUUUGAGACUUACGACUUGAAGCCGUCAGAGGAGCGGCCAAGGAGGUAUGCGUUUACUAAGAAGCCGAAGAAUCCGGCUGAUGGUUCGGUGAAUUAUGCGUAUUCUAGAUCGAGUAGUAGUUGCAGUUCUCCGAACGGGAACUUGCCUACGAUAUCUGAACACACCGAGCAAUAUGGUACAUACCGCGUCCGGCCUAUUACUGCCCCGCCACCCGGUGAAAUCAUGACGGGCUUCGAAUCCAAGUUGGAUAAAUACUUCGCCAAGCCGAGAGAAGUAAGGAAGUUUGCUGCCAAGGUAAGCUACAAUGUAAGUUGAUUACAUUAAUAUUCUUUGUUUUUUUGCUGGAAUAUUAUUCUACUGGUUACAGAUUUCAUUAUUUUGUAUGAAGGAAUAAAAUUUUUAUAUCAUUGAUUUACUAAUGAUAAUAAUUAAUUCUGUAGUACGAGUAGAUACACAACAAUUUUA